AUGGGCAUAUUCAAGACUUUGUCAAAGGCCGCCGCGUACGGUACCGUAGCCGGAGCCGGAGGAUGGGCACUUUACACACGAAAGUCCAACUUCGUGCCUCUAUCACCUUCCGACCACAUUUACAACACAACUUUCUAUGCUCGCAACAACCCUGAGAGGAACCCUGCUACCGCCGAUCUGUGCGUACGCAGGGUACCGCUGAGCGAGAUCAAGCCCGAGUACCUUGAGAAGGAAGGAAAGCUGGUCGAAAAGUUCUGCGCCGGCGUUUGGGGAGGCCUUGGCUAUGCAUACCAACGUCAAUACCUCGAGAAGAAGUACCGCGACGCCGACACGGAAGAGCAGCUAUGGGACACCAAGGCUCUCCUCGACUCCGAGUACCCCGUCGGUACACAGAUCACAGACCACUUCGAGGUGCUCACCAAGACACCUGAGUCAAUCAUUGUUCGCUGCGGAGACUCGCCUCGCAAGAUGGAGGUCAGACCCAGCGAUGGACUGUUUGAGAUGAGAGCAGAGAUCUUGAAAGACGAGGGUGUUGCCGAGUUCCAGCUCAAGAGUGUCUUCUACCAAGGACUCGGCAAAGCGACUGGCGCACCCAUGCCUGCGCACAUCGAGUUCUUGCACAGACAAUAUACCAAGUUGUGGAUGGAGACUGCAGUCAGCAACGUCACACGAUGA